UAUUUUGAAAUAUGUAACCGGAUGUCCGUGUGCUAGUGUUUAGCGCUUCACCGGGGUGGCUUUUAGCUGAGCUGGCUGUGGGGGACUUCCUGAGUCUACUAGCAGAUCUUUCCUGCUCCUCCUCCUCCUCCAGGAGGAACAACAACUACUUCGACACUCUACGACUUCCAUCUUUUUGUUUUAGGUCGACAUCAUGGAUCCCGCCGCUCAAGCAGAUAUCAACCUCAACUCGCCCAACAAGGGUCUGCCCGUGGACAAUUCCACCGGCCUGUCGGACGUCCCGGUGGAUGGAGCUCCGGGGAACCCGGCCAACCCCCUCCCACCGGGCCUGACCGAGGAGGAGGCCGAGGAGCUCCGCAUCGAGCUGGGCAAGGUGGAGGAGGAGAUCGGCACGCUGCGCCAGGUCCUGUCAGCCAAAGAGAGACACGCCGCAGAGCUCAAGAGGAAGCUGGGCCUCAGCCCGCUCACCGAACUCAAGCAGAACUUCACCAAGAGCUGGCAGGACGUGCAGACGUCCAACGCAUAUCUGUCUGCCUCGUCUACUUUGGAAGACAUUUCCCGCUCGGAAGCGUACAAGAAGACCCAGGAGACCCUCUCCCAGGCGGGGCAGAAGACCACCGCCGCCAUCUCCAACGUGAGCUCGGUCAUCACCAGGAAACUGGGCGACAUGAGAGCGCUUCCUUUCUCCAAUUCCUUUAGCAACUAUUCCAUUCGUCACUCCAUAAGUAUGCCAGCUAUGAGGAACUCGGCCACCUUCAAGUCGUUUGAGGACAAAGUGGGCAACCUGAAAUACAAGGUCGUUGGCCCCGGAGGAGAUCGCAGCCCCGCCGACUCUCCCGCCGACUCCACCCCAACUCAGGAAAACCCGCCUUUCUGAGCCCGCCCUCGCCGCCUCCUCCUCCACCUCCUCACCACCUGAGAGUCUUCUCGCCGCCUCCCCUCGCAGAGACGCCGCCAAACCCUUUGACCCUCGUGCCGUUCCAAGGCCUCAGCCGGAACCAUUUUAACAACCCGCUUCUUUCAUUGCCGCUUUUUUUCCCCUCCCUCUCCUGUCCGCCCUCCUACACUGUGAGCUAGCAUCGCAAGCACUCCUCCUCGCGGGACACUCGCAGGUUAGCGCUUAGCACAGGAGGAGGAGGGCGCGCGUCCCCCCCUGGCAUGCUCAUACACACCUCACUUCAGCAACCAAGCAUUACUCCACACAGGAAGUGGAGGGAAAAAAAACAUUUUGUAUGCUAAUCAAUUUUACAGUUGCUUGGCAUCAAGUUGCAACACCGGCUUUGAGAGGAGAGCAAGCGAGCAGCAGGGGGCAGCACUUGCACUCCAUGCUAACCAGCAGGGGGCAGCACUUGCACUCCAUGCUAAGCAGCACUUAAAGCCAAGUUGAUUGGAUGUCAGGAUGACACAUGCUGACAUCCAAAUGUCAUUUGCAAGCUUUAUUUUCUUCUGUUUGUUACUUUCUUUACCCAAAACAUGUCUGUUACUCACUUAUUUUAUUGUUGUCACGCCAACUGCAGACGAGAAGGAAGGAAAACUAGUGAAGAAACAGCUAAUUGAAGAGGUGUGUGUGUGUGUGUGUGUGGAUGACUGGUAGCCUGGAUUACAUUAUUAUUAUAUUAUUAUUAUUAGUCAUCAUGGGGAGAUCUAGAGUCAAUGACUUUGGUUCUGUUUGAUUUAUCAAUAAAGCAUUCCUUUA